AUGACCACGCACACGCCAGAGUUCCUUGGGCUAAGGAAUGGCACUGAGUUCUGGAGCCAAGCUGACUACGGGAAGGGAGUCAUCAUCGGGCUGCUCGACAGCGGCAUCUAUGCGGCGCACGCUUCCUUCAACGACCAUGGUGUUCCACCACCACCCACAAGGUGGAAGGGCUCGUGCGACGCGGCCCAGUGCAACAACAAGCUUAUUGGUGCCAAGUCACUGAUUGCGGGUGAUGACUCUGACGACGAAGAGGGGCAUGGAACACACACCUCAUCCACAGCCGCCGGAAACUUCGUAACCGGUGCAUCAUACAAUGGUGUGGGCACUGGCACUGCGGCCGGAAUUGCCCCGAGCGCCCACAUUGCCAUGUAUAAGGUAUGUGUUGCUCGUGACUGCAAGUCAUCUGCCAUACUGGCCGGCCUAGAAGAGGCCAUCAAGGAUGGGGUGGACGUACUCUCGCUCUCCCUUGGCAGCAGCACAAGCGCUAGCUUUGAUCAAGACCCCAUAUCUAUUGGCACGUUCAGUGCCGUGUCCAAGGGCAUCCUCGUGGUGUGCGCCGCUGGCAACAGUGGUCCGGCUCAACGCUCUGUCACCAACGAAGCACCCUGGUUGCUCACGGUCGCCGCUAGCUCCGUGGACCGGAGCUUUGGCGCCAACAUCCAUCUCGGCAAUGGGAAGAGCAUUGACGGAGAAGCACUUACCCAGAUAGCGAAUCCAAGCUCAGAGUUGCACUCUCUCCUUUACUCCGAGGAAUGGCGAUACUGCAAUUAUGACUAUGAUAGUAGCAUCACAUGUAAGAUCCUUGUUUGCAAGGACAAUAAGUCGAGGGCUCAAUUGUCCGAAAUCCGCAACAUCGUGGGCGCUGGCGCGGCAGGCGUGGUGUUGUUCAAUGACGAAAUCAGCGGCUACACCACCAUUGUUACAGAUUACAACUCCAGUGUUGUACAAGUGACUGCGGCCGAUGGCGAGGCCCUCAUAGCUUACAUCGUGUCGACGAACAAUAGCUCUUUGGCGUCUCUUGCGUACAAUGGUACAAAGUUUGGCGUCCGCCCUGCCCCAGUCGUGGCUUCGUUUUCUUCCCGGGGACCAAGCUCAUUUGCCCCCAACAUCCUAAAGCCGGACAUACUGGCACCGGGCCUCAACAUCCUUGCUGCUUGGCCAUAA